ACUUACUCCUUUGAAAUGGGUUGAACCUGGUGAUUAUGACAGACCCAGAUAAUAGUCUGACUGCCAUAGAUUGGCUUCCAAAUCUCAGUAUAAGCAUGUUAACAGCUUCAAUUGAAAGUGAAUUUCCUUUUGAAAUGGACAGUUGGGACUCUGUGAGUGUGGAUGAUAAUAAAACGGAGUCUGACUGUGGGUCCACGCCCUACCAACCGGAUAGUAAACCACCUUAUAGCUAUGCGAGUUUGAUAACAUGUGCUAUAAAAAGUACAACAGAAAAGAAAAUGACAUUAAGUGAAAUUUAUCAGUGGAUCUGCGAUAACUUUCCAUAUUAUUGUGAAGCUGGGAGUGGCUGGAAGAAUUCUAUCCGUCACAAUUUAUCACUUAAUAAGUCUUUUACCAAAAUACCACGCUCUCGAGACGAACCAGGCAAAGGAUCUUAUUGGUGUCUGUCUAACCAGUUUGAUGACCAGGAAUGCAUGCCUUCAGCUCCAAAAAGACAAGCCGUAUGCUCAGAACAAAGUUUGAGUUGCAUGUCACAAUUGCAAAAGAUAUCACCCACACACGAUACAACUUUAAUCACAUCUGAAAAUACGAUUAAUAAUGGUAACAAUGAUAACCUGCAAUUCACAAUUAAUCGCUCUAAUUUAGAGGCUCGAAAUAAUUACGUUAACCAUUGCAAUAAUAAUUUACCUAACUCAAAAGCUCAUCGAACUAAUCGUACGCGUUUAUUAAAUUCUGUGUAUAAUGAAUAUACUAUAGAAAACCAACAUAUUACUGAAAAUGAUAAUGCAACCAACAAUAUUUCACAUUAUUUAAAUAAACCAGUUUCCCGUGCAUCAAAUAAUCAUAUAUUAUCAAAUGCAACAUCUACUAUCCCAAAUCAUUGUGAUAUUUCUAAUAAUGUACAUAUGGAACAUGAUAAUCAAAACAGUAGCAAUAAAAAUGAUGUUGCAUUACACACUAAUCAGAUAAAUGCAAUAACUAGACCGAAUGAUCAUUUGAUAAAUUAUAAUCCUCAGCUUGGUACCAGAUUUUCAAUGGGUUCAAAUACAUCAGACUCAUUUCAGACAGGGUUAUUAUUUCCAAAUCAGUGUACUUCUAUUGCAAUGAUCACUUCUGAUGAUAGCAUACUCAACAACGAACAUACAAUCGGUAAUGAUGGAAUUUCUGUCACACGUAAUAUCUCUAAUAACACUACUACUUCUUCCAUCACCAGUUUUAACUCAGCUAUUGAUGACCAUGUCAACAGGGACGGCAGACAUUAUUUGCAUAGAUUAAAUCAAUAUGAAAAUCUAGUAAAUCAUACAUCUGACAAAAUAUCCGUUCAGUCAAAUCAACAGACGAAUUCUGUAUACUAUGCAUCUAAUAAGGAAAUAAAUCUGCCAAUAGACAAUAAUAAUAGGUUGUCAAUGAAUCAACAAGUAAAUACAAGGCAAUAUUUAUCUGGAAUUUCUCCAGAUUUGUUAAUUAAAGCGUUUGACACAUCAUCGGCUAACAUAGCAAGUACUACUUCUGAUGCGUUAGUAAGUAUUAACAAUAGCGACUUUCUGUAUAACUAUGAUAGUGACUUUCAAAAAAACAGAAGUAACAAUAAAAAUAAUGUACAUGAAAUGUUAACCUUUGUUAAUGAAGAUAAUAACAAUAAUAAUUCAAUUGGACCAUUACUUUCUUCAACAUCACCAUCGAUUGUUGACUUCUAUAUGAUCCAGUCAGACCAUACAGUGAAUCCACAGCAAGAACAUGUAGUCGGAGGUGAAGAUGAGGAUGAAGAGCAAUGUGAAGAUCACUCAUUAAGAUCAAGUUUUUCAACGGGCGAAUUAGACCUUAGUGCAUCAUUUCGACAUUUAUAUCAUGCACUGUUUGAUGGUUCUGAAUUAUCAUCACAUUCAGUAAUGGAUCUUCAAAAUACAUCUGAACUAUCUAGUCAAUUUUUAUCAAAUAAAUUAAAUGAAGCAUCAUUUAAAAACAUAACGACGACAACAACAGCGACAACCUUGGCAAGGACAACAAUACCUACAGGCGAUCCAAUUGGUAUAACAAAUAAGGAAAAUAUCAUUGAUUAUUGUAAUCCUCACUCAUUGAACAACAACAAUAAUAGUAAUAAUAACAAUAAUAUCUCAGAAUUAAACAAUCAAAUGUGGGAUUUGUCAUCAGAUAACCGUCAUCAUAAUAACCAACAAUUCAUAUCAUCAUCGUCAUGUAUCCCGGCCUCGUUAUCGUCUUCCUCCUCUUUGUGCUAUUCAUCAUCUCCAUCACUUUUAUAUCAUCCAGCUUAUUCUCAGAAUGAUCAGAAUCGUCAACUGAUUACAUCAGCAAACAAUAUUACAAAAGCAUCGAAUGGAUUAUUAAAUAAUUGUAGUUAUCAUAAUUAUAACUCACUAAAUUUAACCUAUGUAUUACAAAAAACUUUACAAGCGGCUACGAAUUUCGAUUGGAGUAGUAUCAAUCUAGAUGAAUAUCCAGAAUUGAUAUCUAAAAUUCGUAGUGUUAGUCAAAAUCCAAAUAGUCUAACUAUUGAACAAUUAAUGGAGUUGAAUCUAACACUUGAUCAAUUAUUCAAUCAUAUCCAACAGACAAUACCUACUGUUAAUGAUUCCGUGACUUCUACUUCUUCAUUAUCAUCAUCUUCGACAAAUUCUUUUUCCAAUUCUAAACCAUUUGCCUCUGAUGUUAUUGGUGUUGUUAACAAAUAUUCUCCAACAAAACUACAUCAUUCCGUGUUUUCAUUGGAACAAAUCAAUCCAAUUCAUGACACGUAUUGUAAGGGAUCACAGCAAAAUGAAUGUAUGACUGAAAUCCAACCAAAAACCUCUGAUGAGACAACAGUCACUACCGAUAUUACUGUUCUUGGAACGAUAACAACAACUACUAGCGUUAGCACUAGACAUCUUCAUCGUUAUCUUACCAAUCAUCAGUUAAACCAUGUAUUAAGUGGUCCCACAUCAGUUUGUACGGAUUCUAAUAAUAAUAUUAAUAAUAAUACUACCACUACUAAUAUUACGCCGAAUGAAUUGAAAUCGACAAAUCAUACUGAUAACACUAUGAAUAAUGAUGAUCAUUUACUGUCUCAUCUUAACACUACUACUACUACUACUACUACUACCAAUACUACUGCUAAUUAUGUAAAUACUUGUGAUAGAUUUUCGACUCCAUACAUUCAUUCCAAGAAUGUUAAUGAUAAUAUGAUUAUGAAUAGUAGUGGGAAUAAUAUUAUUGUUGAUACUAUUAAUCAGUCCACUGGUAAUAUUAUAACUACUAAUUCUACUCUUAGCACCACUUCUGCUAUUAGUCUAGUUGAUAACCAAUCACAUGAUGAGACAAUAACCGAUCAACAGAAUCUGAUAUGGACUUCAAUGAAAUUUCACAAUGAAAUUGAUGCUCCAAAAACAUCAAUUUAUACUGACAACAACUAUUCAACCUAUGAUGGAUUAUUACAUAAUUCAUUUUCAAAUUCAACUUAUCAAAACCAACUACAUACAGACAUUCAUUCUACGUCGCAUUCACAAAUUCAACAAUCACAUAAUGAUAACAAUUGUGAUAAUAAUUCAUCAAAUGAAUUUAUUAAUUCCCAGUCAUUAUUAUUAUCUUCAUCAUCAUCAUCAUCAAGAAAUCAUCAACAUUCCCAUUUUGAACAGAACAGAAAGAUUAAUUCAUUAACUAAUCAUCCUAUAUCGUUUUAUUUUUCACCUGUUCAAUCAGAUCUUUUUACAGAUUCCACGUUGAAUAACAAUGAGAACAAUAUGGUUUAUUCAGAAUUACGAAGUAUAAGCAAUACAAAUGCUAAUAAUAAUCAUGAUAAUAAUAAUAACUCUAGGAAAUUAAUGAUGAUGAAUUCAACUGAUAAUUCAGCAGUUUCACAAAGUUUCAUCAAUCUAGUCACCGUUCUUCCACAAUCAACAGGGGCGGAGGUGGCGAUAACAACAACUACAACAACACCAUUAGAAAUCUAUAAUGAAUCAUCCAGUCGAUUUUUUCACUCCCAUCAUCAUCGUCAUCAUGAUGAAUGCACUGAGCAUAAUUCUCCUCAUCAUCCUCACAACCACCAUAUAUUAUUUAAUAAUAAUAGUGUUAAUUCAAAGUUUAAAAUGUACAUGACUAAUGCUCCUCAUGAGGACGAUGAUAAUGUUAGUGGAGGUGAUAGUCAUCCAAUUUUAAAUAAUCAUAAUCGUUUGAUACAGCAUGAUCGUAAUUUUGAACACAAUACUCAAAAUGAACAAUUUCAAAUUACCAAUAACAAUAAUUGUUCUUUUUAUCAUUCAAACAAUUCUAACUCAUCAAAUAUUGAACAGAAAUUUUCAUUGAAUACAACACAACAACAAUUUAUUGCAAAUUCUACACAGCAUAGUACAACAGAUUUUAGAUUUCCUAUUACACAACAUUUUACAAAUAAUAAUAUACCUUGUUGUACUUCAUCUAACACUACACUUCGUUCAUCUUCAUUGUCACCGCCCUCAUUUUUUUCUCCUCAUUAUAUUGAAUCAUCUUUACUAACGCACAAUCAACAUCAAAAUAGAUUAUUGUUGUUAGACGAUCAAAGAUAUUCAGGUUUAUGUCAGUCCACUAUAACUACUGCCACUACUACCACUACUACUACUAUUAAUAACAAUAAUAUGCCAGUCAGUCAACAAUUGUCACAACAUACUGCCAUAAAUUCAUUUAGUAGUAUUCAUAGUAUGACCAAUAAUAGUGAUAAUAACAAUAGUAAUAACAUCAGCUCAACUGUGAAUAAUAAUAAUAAUAAUAAUAAUGGACCGUCGGAAGAAUUUAACUGGGAUACAAUAGUAUAAUCCUUUUUAGAUUUAGAAAAGAAACAAUAAUAAUGUUGACUUAAAAUUAUUUUAUGAUAAUCACAUAUUACUGAAUUUCUCUUUUCUUUUUCUUUUAUGAAUUCAUUAUUAUUUUAAUUGUGAUUGCUUUUUGUGUGUGCGUGUGCGUGCGUGCGUGCGUGUGUAUAUGCAUGCAUUUGUUAGUAUGUAUGUAAUCUUUGAAUGGGUCUAUUCAUCAUUGACCUAUUGUUAUGUAUUUCUAUUGAAUCGAACAUAGUGGAAUCAUUGUUCUCAACUUUUACAAAUUCUAUGCCAUUUUUAAUAAUGUUUUAUUUAAAUAGUUCCAGUUUACAUAUCAUCAUUCUCAAUCUUUUCUUAUUUUAAAAUGAUUCCUUUUUAGUCAAAUUUUGCAUUUAUAAAAACCUUUGAAUGUGAUUUUUCUCUUUUAAUCUCUUUCAUUUAUUUUGCUUUUAUUCACCUUUCUAUUAUGGUAGCAUUUAUUAUAUUUAUUUAUUUAUUUAAUUAUUUUAAUGAUUUUUCAAUUUAUUUUUCUCUUUUAUGUAAUUGCUUAUUUUUUCUUUUCAAAAAACACUCCGACUUAUAUUCAUGCUCAGAAUGCCUUCAUACAUAUAACAUCUUGAAUAUGUAUAAACAGGUGAAAAAAGAAAUUAUGUUGAGUAUACCAUAUCAAAAAAACUGUUUUUAUUAGUUUAAAUGAAACCCCACAAUGCAUAUCGAAAUACUUUUGUUUAUUUGUUUUCUUGUUUCUUGUUCCUUUAAUGCUUUCAUGAUAUUUUCGUUUCCUUUCAAGUGAAUCAUUUAAUAUUUCUUGUUUUACAAUGUAAUGUAAUUCACUUAAUAUUUAGAGAACACAUGUAACAUAGGCAGUCUAUCAUCAAGUUGCCUUGUGUGUUUUUCCAAUUAUUUAAACGAAAAUUGUAAUAUUUUUAAUUUUACAUUCUCUGUUUCAUCUGAAAUCUUCAUUCUAACCCUAAAGGUCACAGUUAUUUCGAUAUUUGAAUGUCAUCUACUUAUAAGUAGUUAAAAUAUUUUCUUUAAAUUUGUUUUACAUCUGUUUGAUUUCCAAAGUUAUUAUAUUACUUAUAUUACGAGAUUUGACAUUGUUAUCCUCUCGUAGAAUACAGAGAAUGAUGCGUAAUUUUGCAAUAAUGCAUUAUUUUUUGAGUGUAUUCUUCUCUCUGUUCAUCGAAAUUGUUUUUUUUCUCUCUCUAACUCUCUCUGAAAUUUCAUAUUAAAUAUAUGUAGUUAUAACAACAAAUACACCGUACAUAUCAUAAUCAUUGUUUUCCUGUCCAAUUAUUUAUUCAUCCACUUAUUGAGAAGCAAAAUUUAAACUGUUUUGUUUUAUCCUAUUCUGUUGCUUUUUUCCUUCUCUGUGUUUUUGUUAUAUAUUACUAAUUUUGUUGUUACCACCACUACUUAUUAAUACUGCCCAAUGGUCAUCUACUAAUGUUUCUAUUUUAACUUGAAUAUAUUACAUUUUAGAAAAGCAUUUAUAAUAGAAUGAAUCAAUUUAUUAACAUUUUGUGUAUGUGUUUUAAGAUUAAACGAUUGUAUAGAACUUCGUAUGAUGAAGAAGAAAAUUUCAGUUUCAAGGUAUAAAAGAUUGAUUUUUUGUUUUCAUAUUGUAUGUUUACUUGUGUUUCUUGUUGAAAACAUCAAAGUAAAUUUUGAAAAUGUUGUAUUUUGUCGUGUGUUUUUGUUGUUGUCUAAUUUGAGUGGGAUCUGCAAAAUGAUAUGGUAGUUUCUGAUUCACUACAUAUAACUUGAAAACUAGGAAGUGUUAAAAAUAUCUAUCUUAGCGAUCAACAUUUCGAAACCACUACUCUACCAUGUUCAGUCAAUUUAGUCAGGCAUAAUCAACACAAAAUGAUAUACGUGUGUGUUGGCUAAAGUUGUCAUGCAACAUUAAUACGAGAAGGUGGAUUUACAAAG